CUUCGCUUGCGUUAGUCUUAUCUGACUUCUCUCAGCUCUGCUGUGCAAACGGACUCCACGUCCUUUGACUGUAGCCAUGAGUGUGAAGGCCCUUCUGCUGCUUCUCACCGCAUGUGUGGUCAGUGGAGGACGUCUUCCCAUGGCCUUAUGGCAGUUUGGGGAGAUGAUCAGUUGUGCCCAGCCUGGUGUUAAUCCUCUGGCUUACAACGAAUACGGCUGCUGGUGCGGAUUAGGCGGGUCUGGAACGCCGGUGGAUGACGUGGACCGGUGCUGUGAAGCCCAUGAUAAAUGCUACCAAAACAGCAGAAAGAUCCCUGGAUGCGAGGGUGUUUUUGACCUUCCCUACAUUAUCAUUUAUGGCUUCAGCUGCUCAAACAGACAGGUGUACUGCUCAGCAGCCAAUGAGAAGUGUGAGGCUGCAGUCUGCGAGUGCGACCGUGUGGCGGCUCAUUGCUUUGCUCGGCACACAUACGACCCUGACAACAAGCACCUGGAUCCUCAGCUCUGUGUCAGCUGAGUCGCAGCAAAACACGGAGUACGACGUGCGCAACAGAGCCGACCUCCAAAUCUGAUGCGUUUCUAGUUAGUGAACGUAAAAUAAAAGGUAUUUGACCUGCUGACGUUGUCACUGCAGUUUUGACUUUCUGUUUUCAAUCGCAUGCUGGAGAUUCACGUAUUUUAUGUCACAUUAUCAUUAUUUUGUAGUCAUCGGUUUUCAUUUUGACAUAAAUGUUUUGGGGUUUUUUGUUCAUCGUAACUGAUUGUUGAAGAAUAAAAAGAGUAAAACAUC